AUGGAUGUCGUCCUCGAGGUGGUCGACACUUUUGUCGGCGACAAACUUUACGCUGCGCUCCUACCCGCCAGCGCCGCCCCCUAUGAUUUUCCACACACUGCUGCCAACGCUACGGCGCAACCUCUCUCGACAUGGCAGUAUAAGCCUGCUACUCACUGGUUCCAUCUCGAACCCUCCGAGGCCGCCUACAUGAGCGCCUGGCCAAGAGACAACAUGUUCCGCCAGUUCAUAUCUCUCUUUCUCGUCACCUGGAUCUUCGGACUGCUCAACUACUUUCUCUUCGCUACCCUCUCAUACAUCUUCAUUUUUGACAAGAAGACUUUCAACCACCCCAAAUUCCUCAAGAAUCAGAUCAAGCUCGAAAUGAUGCAGGCUAACAAGGCCAUGCCCGUCAUGUCCCUCUGCACCGCCAUCACCUUUCUUGCCGAAAUUCGCGGCUUCUGCAAGCUCUACGACACCACUGAGGAGGGUCCUGGCCGUUGGUACGACUAUGCCCAGUUCCCUCUGUUCAUUCUCUUUACCGACCUGUGCAUUUACUGGAUUCAUCGCUGGCUGCACCUGCCGUCCGUCUACAAGCACCUCCACAAGCCUCACCACAAGUGGAUCAUGCCCUCCCCCUACGCCAGCCAUGCUUUCCACCCUCUCGAUGGUUUCGCCCAGUCCGUUCCCUAUCACAUCUACCCCAUGUUGUUCCCUCUGCAAAAGAUAGCGUACGUCGCUCUUUUCAUGUUCAUCAACUUCUGGACAAUCCUCAUUCACGACGGCGAAUACAUCACCGACAACCCGAUAAUUAACGGUUCCGCAUGCCACACUGCCCACCACCUGUACUUCAACUACAACUAUGGCCAGUUCACCACACUUUGGGACCGUCUUGGCGGUAGCUACCGCAAGCCUGAUCUUGCUUGGUUCAACAAGCAGACCAAGAUGUCCCAGGCAACCUGGGAAUCGGGCAUCAAGGACAUGGAGAAGAUUCAGCAGGAGGUCGAGGGAGACGACGACCGACAGUAUGAGGCGACCGUUGAACAGAAGAAGAAGAACUAG